AUGAAGCAAGAAGACCUUAUCUCGGAAGCGGAGAAGAUCGGCGUGCAGUGGAAGUUCAUACCUCCUGGUGCACCAAACAUGGGAGGUAUUUUAGGUGCACAAAGUUAUGUGCUGGUCCAAGUUCGAAAGGACCAAAAUAACUCCAACGUGGACGCAUUAAUCCAUAAAGUGGUCCCUCCAAAAAAGUUCGAAGAAAUAGCUGACACAGCGCGAAAGCAGUUCAAAAAUUUUAAGCAAUUUACAAUAAAAAAUAAACCUAAUGAUAAGGAACUAGACAGUAUUGUCUUUGCUAUAAAAACCGAUGAGCAAAAUGUCGGACGAAGACAAGAUGGAGGACGUCAUAAUCGAGGAUGGCAAGAUGGUGAACAGCAAAAUGGGAAUGAAAUUCUUACAUAUUUAUUUAGGAAAUUUUUAAGUUUCUAUGAGUCUCCAGGACAAAGAAAUCUUCCGCAUUAUAAGGCACAACUGCAAAAAUAUAACAUUAAACCAAAAGUAAUAACUUUCAGAAAUAGCAAUGGAAAGCCGUCAAUGAUGUACGAAAUUGAUACUAAUUCAGUUUUAAAAUCCAUUAAAGAUACGAUUUCUUCGAAAAAGUUCAGAAAGUACACUGAAAAGUUAGUUAAUAACGCUGCCAUCGUAUAUCGUACGAUGAGAGAAGAACUGCACAAAAAU